AAGAAAAGAAAAAUGAAAAAACUUUACCGGCGAAAAGGAACGGUUCAUCCAUCAUCGGACCAACUAUCCUUCCUUCCAGCAACAAUCCUCAUUCUCACCGUCGCUCUCUCACCGGCGGACAAAGAAAUCUUAGCUUACCUUAUUUCAUGCUCUUCUUCAUCUUUCAAUGGAAACUCUCGCCGAAAAAUCAAGGAUAUCGUCGAUGGUGACCAUCAACCUCUCUUUCAUUGUAGUUGCUUCCAUUGCUACAUGAGUUAUUGGAUUCGUUGGAACUCUUCGCCUAAUCAUAAACUCAUUCACAAAAUCAUUGAUGAUUUUGAAGAUUUUCUCUCUCAAACUGCAAAUAAAAGGAAGAAGAAAAACAAAAAAGGCUCCCACAACAGAAGAAGAUCAUCCGAUUCAAAUCGUUCUGAGUUGGAAUCGGUUGCGGAGAGUAAUAGUAGUAGUAAUAUUGAUUCAGUUGAAGUUGAAAAUGAAGAGAAAGUAGGGUCACUAAGAAAGCUUGUAAGUUUCAUUGGUGAAAGGAUUUGGUCAUUUUUUAUUAUUCAGUUAUUUUGUUGAUUUUGACGAGUAUAAUUUUUGUUUCCUGUUUCUACAUGAAUGAAUGAGUUCACAGUAAUGUGUACAAAAGGAAAUUGAAUCAGUUCACACUAUGGCAUAGACCUUUUUGCAGGAAAUUGUUAGAAGUCGAGAUUUUGCAGCAUUGGCAAUGGCAUAGACCUUUUGUCGGGAUGCCCCCUAAAAAGAAGACAAAUUCCAAUUCAUUUUUCUUGCAAUUUUGGAAGUAACAAUUGGGUCCACUAUUUUCGAAUUUUCAAUCUCUUAUCUCCAUGCUCUAAGUCAGUCACGGUAUGCUUGUGAAUAUUUAUGACUAGUUCCAUGUUUGACUAGUUCCCCAAUCUUUGAUUUGGAUAUAGUGUUAGAUUUUCUUCAAAAUGGGGAGUUCUUUAUAAUUUAAUUUAAGUAUGGGUCAUGCUAAGUGGUGUGGUUAAGGAAGUAAAAAAAAAAUUAUAUUGAAAAGACUACUUUCAAUUUAUAUGGGCCAAAUGCAAUUAUAAUUACGAUAUGACACUUGUUAGUUUGAUAUAACUUGUGGACAUUUACUUUUGUCAUCCUACUUCAUUUCUCACACGCCUACAAAUUUACUAAUGAUAAAAUGGGAAAGACGUAGGGCGCGCGACUAACUGGUUGGUGACAAAAGUAAAUUUCUAACUUGUGUGCAAUAUAAAUAAGAGCCCAACAAAGACUAAUCCACUCCAACACAAUUUGUGAAACUUGAAAAGA